GGGUGCCGGUGACACCGAAAACGCGUCACUCGCGUCAUCCGAUUGCCUAGUCUGGAUUUCGAUUUCUUUUUUUGUUUCUUUUGGACUUGGAUUGUGCUUGAGACAGCGAUAGUGCAAGAGGAAAGGGCUAUACUGUAAGUUGGUCGACUGUGGGGGUUGGUGGUGGUCUCUUUCAGAUAAGAUCGGAAGUAUGUCCAGAUAGUAGGCGGACAACUGAGAUACCGGACCAAGAUGAAAAGCUACCCAUACAUACCCAGCAUGGUGCAAGCUAUUACUGUACUUACGGUUUUGAAGAUGAUGACGAAAGCCCAGACUUCAUGCGGCUCGGGAGCGACAAACGGCAAACUCCUGUACGAACGUUUGCCCAACAUCCAGUUGCAAGGCUUCGACGACGACGUCGUACGGGAUUCAGCGCCCCCUUUCGCUGUGCUCGAGAAGUGCAUGGACUUGUGCACACGCGACAGGUCCUCCAAUAACAUUGUGCGAGCGUGUUCUUCAUUUGACUUUCAACCUGGGAGUAGGAUUGCCUCUUAUUCUGGAGCUGGGGAGUAUGAGGAGAGCACUUGUUACCUUACAGCUGAACAGUCGCAACCAGAGGGCAUCGGGAAUUUGAUACUUAUGCCGAAUAGUGUGCAUUUCACGGAAGUUUGCAUUACCUCAAACAGGCCAGAACGAGAAUGUCCCAACAGACGAUACGUGUUCGAACGACAUCCUCGGAAAAAACUGAAACUCCCCACGCCUGAUAUCAAAGAAGUGAACGCCGACAAUAGGACCGAAUGCGAAGACAAAUGCUUGAACGAGUUCAGCUUCGUGUGCAGAUCGGCCACCUUUGAUGCGAAGAUGAGGAUGUGCACUUUGAGCAGGUUCACGAGGAGGACGCAUCCGGAGCUGCUGGUGGAUGACAGAGAUUCGGAUUAUUUGGAGAACACUUGUUUAAAUGCUGAUCGAAGAUGUGACGGCCUAGCAGUGUUCAUCAAAGAAGAAAACAAAAGACUCGGAGGUCCUUUCGAAGCGGAAAUGUUCACCAACUUGACGUUAGAAGACUGCCAAGCGAUGUGCGUCAGAGCUGAGAAAUACUUUUGCAGAUCUAUCGAAUACGAUGAAAUGACAAAGCAAUGUACGCUUUCGGAAGAAGACUCGAUCUCGCAGAAGGACGAUCUUGGAACAGCUAGCAGCCCUUCGCAUAAUUUUUACGAUUUUGCGUGUUUAGACAGUCCCCGAGGUCAAGAAUACCCGGACAACUCAGUAACCUCCCACCUGUUCAGCGGCAAAAAGCCUGACACAGCGUUCCAGAGGUACCGAAAUAGUCGUUUGGGAGGCGAACAUCACUCAGAAAUAUCAGGGAGGUCGCUGAGCGAAUGCUUGGACGAGUGCUUGAGACAACCCAGCUUUCAAUGUCGAUCUGCUGAGUAUAGCGAGAGGUACAGGACCUGCAGAUUGACGAGGUACAAUCAGAAGGACGGCAUGAGGAUCAUAUAUGAUGCUGAUUAUGAUUAUUAUGAGAAUCUGAUGCUUGGUGGUGAAGGAGAUGGUGCACCAGGAGCUAGACCUGGAGAACAAGGGUACCCCGGAGGUAGACCAGGAGGUCGGUACCCGCCUGUAGUAGGUCCUGAUCGGUAUCCACCAGGAAGUGGCGGCAUUGCAGGGGACAGAUACCCUCCUCCUAGGUAUCCCACCAGAUACCCGGACGAUAGGUACCCUCCAGUACGACGACCUAGGCCUCCACCACCGUCGUACUACAACCGGUAUCCAGAUUAUGAUGAUAAGUACAACGAUGGAUAUGGACGAAGGCCACCCAGUGGUGCUUCUAGGUAUCCGGGGAGAUAUCCGGAAGAUAGGUACCCAGAUCGCAGAGACCCGUCCUACCCUCCAUCAGGAGGAGGGGAUCGGUACUACCCCUCUGGAGGUGGAAGGUACGGCAGCAGAUACGGGAACAGGUACGACGAUUACUAUGACAGGAAUGGGGGAAGACAUGGGAUGUACGAUGAUAGAUAUCCAGGUGAUCGGUACGGGAAUAGGUACGACGAUGAACAAUUUGGAAGCAGGUACGGAGGAUACAAUGGAAGAUAUGGAAGCAGGUUUGGAGAUAGAUACGGUGGUACCCGUUACAACGAUCGCUAUAAUAACCGCUUCGACUAUUACGGCGAUGAACGAAACGGAGGCAACAGAUGGUUCUUCCGUCCGGACCGUCGACCUGCGGGCCGACCAGUGGACCGACCUCCCGUGGACCGACCUCCGUUGGAUCGACCUCCUUACGACCGACCGCCGCCCUACGACCGACCUCAUGCGCCCAACAGGAGGCCCAUAUCGCCGGGACCCGAUGGGCCAAUCUACGAUGCGCCUGUGGGACCUGUCGGUGUGCAUAGGCCGGCUUUGACGAGAUGUGGAGAAGAAGCAGAUAACUUCAGACAAGUGGGCUUUCGUCAGAGAAUGCGAAAGGAGUUCAUCAAGCAUUCUCUAUACACACCAACGUUAAGAGACUGUGAACGAGAGUGUGUGGAAGCGAGAGAUUUCAUCUGCAGGUCCUUCAAUUACAAGGAUACGCCACCAGGAGGUUACGAUGCAGAUAGGGACAACUGCGAACUGAGUGAUCGCGAUUCCAGAGACUUCGACAUAAGCAACCUUCAGUACUUCGAUAACACGGGGAAUUACGAUUUCUAUGAGCGAUCAAAUAGUAGAGAUGGGCUAGAAGAUGAAUGCUUAGACGUGAGCCAAGUCUGCAACGAAGACGGGAUGGAGUUCACUCUGGUCACCCCAGAUCCAUUCUACGGGCGGAUAUACACGUACGGUUUCUACGACCGCUGCUUCUUCCGAGGCAAUGGCGGUACCGUGAACGUCCUCCGCAUCAGCGGUGCCGGCGGAUACCCGGAAUGUGGUACGCAAAGGUACGGCGAUACCAUGACCAACAUCGCGGUGGUGCAGUUCGCUGAUAAUGUGCAGACUGGCAGAGACAAGCGAUUCAAUUUGACCUGUUUGUUCAGAGGACCUGGAGAGGCUGUUGUUACAUCUGGAUUCAUAGGAGCUGGUUCCGGAAGUCCGAUCCCGAUCGAGUACCUUCCAGCCGAGAACACCCUCAGUUCGAAGGUACGACUGCUGAUCCUGUACCAAGGAAGACCAACAACCACUAUUGCAGUCGGGGAUCCUUUGACGUUCAGAUUGGAAGCCCAAGAUGGCUACAAUUACGCCACUGAUAUUUUCGCUACCAAUGUCGUAGCCAGGGACCCUUACUCGGGAAGAUCGGUGCAACUCAUCGACAAAUAUGGAUGUCCUGUAGAUCCAUUUGUAUUUCCUGAAUUGGACAAGGGUCGCAACGGAGACACACUAGAAGCUCGAUUCAAUGCCUUCAAAAUACCCGAAUCCAACUUCCUCGUAUUUGAAGCGACCGUGAGAACCUGCAAGGACGGAUGUCAACCAGCAUACUGUCCCUCAGGCACUGGGAGGUCGGAACCCUCGUUCGGAAGAAGACGCAGAGAUGUGAACGCUACCUUAGCUGCAGAGGCGAACGAUACAAGCGUUGAAGAAGAAGAUACUUUGAACGAGAUUGACAAGAACGAAACCACAGACUCGACCACCAAAGUGAGCUUCCCAAAGACCACACCGAAAAGCACAACUGCUUUAGGCAGCAAGAAGACUACACCUAAAGCAAGGGAAAAGAAAUUACAAGAUGAAGAUGAAGAGGACGAAGAAGAAGAAGAAUUCGUUCGAGAAAUGAUCGAAGUCUUCGACUCUCGCGAAGAAUUGCAGCAAGAGGCCAGACGUGCAGAAUACCUCCCGGAAACAGUAUGCAUGAGCCCGGGUGCAUAUCACGGCAUGGUGAGCGCUAUCAUGAUCCUGAUAGCAGUGCUGAUAACGUGCGCCUUGCUAGCUGGGUUGGCGUAUAGAAGGUAUUGGUUGGUGAUGAGGAAGAACCUGAUCACGGACAGGUCCAGUUCAAAUAUGUCGUCUUCAUACCCGAAUACUAGAAGCAGCGGUGGGUCCAUCUUCAGUAAUAGUUUGCACAGGCAAUUCGGCGGGUUUGGUCGACCAACAUUUCCUAAACCGAUCUCCCCGGACCCAGAAGUGCCCAUUUCGGCUCCGGGCGGGCCGUUCGAAGACCCGAGCGAGCCCAUCUACACCGAUCCGUCUUUGUUCGAACGAUCACGGAGUCUGCGCAGUAUAGCAGUCACUUCAAAAAGGAGACGAUCGCCGUUCGAACAAUAGGCCAAUUUUUACAUCAGAAAUUGAUCUUAAUCUCGGUCUAGAAGCUCAGAUCAUGCAUACGUUCCUCGGAAUUUGAAAUAAAAAGUUUUCAUCAAGGCUUUUUCUCCUUUUGACAGCCUGAAGCAUUCCUGACUCUUAUAAAUUUUCAAGUCAUUUCUUGAAACCAAUGAAGUAAAUAUGACCUUUUUUCUAUAGUGUGUUGGGGUUUGGCAAAGGAUACUUUUUAUAUCGCAAAAUCCGAGUAACUAUAGCAUCAUUUGAGACUAAUUUUUCGAUAAAUGUUUGCAUUCGAUUCAAUAUCCGUGUCAAGUUAGCACCCUUGGUUUGAAGUUGAUUACUGUUAUGUUGUUAAAGGAUCCUAGAACCCUCGAUAGUUUUCGAGGUCUCCUUGGGUGUAGCAAAAGUUUUACAGUAAGAUGAUGGCUUUUUUGAGGGGACAUAAUUUUGUCAAAAUUGCGGUUUUUCAUGAUUGCUCACUCGUAUCGAUAGUCCAGAUUUAGCAAGUAUCACAUAUUUUUGUUUAAAAGCUUCUGUAUCGAAAGUGAUUGAAAAAAGUAGUAUUGUAUGAAAUUCGCUCUCAAUAGCUCUGGUAAUAAUAUUUAUCCACAUCGAUCAUAAAUUGCAAAUGUAUUGAAAUGCCACACAAGGUUAACCUUGUGUGUGGGUAUAAUUCUAACACAUGUAACAUAUAACAAUAGUUGCAAUAAAUUGACUGCAAGGGACUAGAAAAAAUCUAGAUACCUAAUAUAAAUGUAGUACAUUAGAUGCGGAAAAUAUAUUAAUAUGUUAAAAGUUUUCAUAAAUUACAUCAUGCUUAUAUCAGUAUUCAUUAACCAUUAACCACUCACAUACAAUUAUGUGGUGGUAGGUUGUGAUAUAAUUCUGGACCUAAGUACAUAAACGAUUUCAGCAUUAUUCCAGUGUUGCGAUAAUUAUUUGUUUAUUUUUAUUUCAGUAUCAUGAUAGUUGAUAAUGAUUUUGCAAUGAAACAGUAUUGAUUAAGUAAUGAAGACACAACAUAUACAUAAGUAAUGGAAAUAUCUGGUCAAAAAGUUAUGUAAGGUAUCUUAAUAAAUCUCGUCCGCAGAGUGAUUUAAAAAGCCCAUUUUGAUUGCAGAACUCACUAUACCAAAGUGAGAAGUCGGAAACUCUAUAAAAAGAUUGUAGGCUGCCAUGAAUUAGGAUGCUAACUUCAUCCCUACCCUCUUUCAGUUUUUGUACUGAACUAGAUUAUAGAUAAUUUUAAGAUUUUAUUAAUAGAUAGACUUUAGAGGUAGGUUAAAAAAAUCUGUCAUCAACCUGCAAUAUUGAACACUGCCUUAUCUUGUCCGCUCAUUCAUGAUCUAAAUGUGACAAGUUUAUUGAUCACAUAUAAAAUAUAGAAUUCUUCCUCACUGUAGCUAUUAACAUAUUCAUCAAAGAUUGAUUUAGAAAGAAUGCUGCUUUUUUCAAAUUAUCCAUGAAUAAAUAUGAUUUCGAAACUUGCAAACGGUAUUUUACAAAAAAUUAGGUGUAAUAUUUUACUUUUCAUUUCUAUAGUGAUACUAAUAAGUACGUUCAAUUAAAUGAACGUGAGUUCUUUAUUAGGUUAAGUCCAGGAAUGCUUGAAAUACUGUUUUUAAAAAUCCCAUAAAUUUCGAAAUUUUACGAAUGUGUCAGUUUCUAUUUAAUCCGCAUACUUUAAAAUUUGUUAAGAAUUUUGAAAACGGAAUGUAUUUGAUGUAUGUGUUGUGAUUUUUAAAAGUGCACACAAUUACCAAG